AUGGCUGAUCCAAUCCUUCCAUCAUCUUCUAGACCUUGUUCGAAACAUUGGGAUCAUGAUGUCUUUCUGAGUUUUAGAGGUGAAGACACUCGCAAGAACUUCACUGAUCAUCUGUACUUUGCCUUGAUACGGGCCGGGAUUUGCACCUUCCGAGAUGAUCAUGAGCUUGGAAGAGGAGAGAUCAUCUCUAAGGAACUAAUCAACGCGAUUCAUGGAUCAAGGAUUUCCCUUGUGGUUUUCUCUAAAGGCUAUGCUUCUUCCAGGGGGUGCCUUGAUGAGCUUGUGGAGAUUGUGCACUGUACAAAAACUAAUGGCCACACUCUUCUUCCAAUAUUUUACCAUGUGAAGCCCUCGGCUAUCCGAAAACAGGAAGGAACUUUUGCUGAAGCAUUCACUAGGCAUGAAGAGCAGUUUUAUGAGGAAAUGGAGAGGGUACAGAGUUGGAGAGCAGCACUUACCGAAGCUGCAGACUGUUCUGGCUGGGAUCUCGAGAUUGUUGGGAAUGGGUAUGAAGCAAAACUCAUCGAGAAGAUUGUUGAAGAAGUUUUGUGUAAAUUGAAUCCUGCUCACUUGAAUGUUGCCAAACACCCUAUAGGAAUAGACUCUCGUGUUGAAGAGAUGAAAGCUUUAUUAAAUCUUGGAACAAGUGAUGUUUGCAUUGUUGGCAUAUAUGGGAUGGGUGGGAUAGGGAAGACAACCAUAGCAAAAGCUGUUUAUAACGAAAUAUGGGAUGGAUUUGAAGGAAGCAGUUGUCUUUUAAACGUUAAAGAAACUUCAGAACAACCUAAUGGUUUAGUUCAAUUGCAAGAGCAGCUUCUUUUUGAUAUCUUGAAAAAUAAGAAUCUGAUGAUUGGCAAUGUUGAUAGAGGAAUCAAUUUGAUCAAGGCAAGACUUCAUCGCAAAAAAGUUCUUAUUGUUCUUGAUGACGUGGAUCACUUGGAACAAUUUCAUGCAUUGGCUGGAAACUCAGAAUGGUUUGCUCCUGGAAGUAGAGUCAUUACAACUACUAGAGAUGAACAUUUGCUAGCUUUACUAGGAGCUUCUGAGAAGUACAAAGUCGAAGAAUUGUGUCAUAUGGACUCUCUACAACUUUUUAGUUGGCAUGCCUUCAAGUUGCCCUAUCCAGUAGAAGGUUACCACGAGCUUUCCAAUAGUGCAGUGAGUUAUGCUGGAGGACUUCCAUUAGCUCUUGAAGUUUUGGGUUCUUAUUUAUUCAGAAAAAGCAUUAUUGAAUGGAAAAGUGCAUUGGAAAAAUUACAAAAAAUUCCUCAUCAUCAGAUUCAGAAAAUACUUAGAACAAGCUUUGAUUCAUUAGAUAAUAAAACAAUGGACAUAUUCCUUGAUAUUGCAUGUUUCUUUAUCGGCAUGGAUAAAGAAUAUAUCAAGAAAAUUCUUCAUGCUUGUGGUCUUUUUCCAGAUGUUGGUCUCAUUAUUCUCAUUCAAAGGUCCCUCUUGACAGUUGAUUAUAGUAACAGGUUGAGGAUGCAUGAUUUGAUUCGAGACAUGGGAAGGGAAAUUGUACGUGAAAGGUCACUCAAUGAUCUUGGAAAAUGUAGUAGGUUGUGGUUUCAUGAGGAUGUACUGAAUGUCCUGGGCAAACAUACGGGAUCGGAAACAGUGGAGGGUCUCAUCUUGAAUUUGCCUAUUCAAGAAGAUAUACAUUUGAAGACUGAGGCAUUCACAAAGAUGAAGAAUUUGAGAUUACUCGAAAUCAAUGCUGUGUAUCUCACAGGAUGUUUCCAACAUCUUUCAAAAGAGCUGAGAUGGCUUUGUUGGCAUAAGUGUCCUCUAAGAUUUCUACCGCCAAAAUUUCAUCUGGAGAAUCUUGUGGUGCUUGAUAUGCAAUAUAGCAAUGUCAAGCAAGUUUGGAAGGAGAACAGAGUACUCAACAAGUUGAAAGUCAUUAAUCUUAGCUAUUCCAAAAAUCUCACCAAAUCCCUAUACUUCUUGCAAGUCCCACAUCUCGAGAUUCUAAUACUUGAAGGUUGCACAAACUUGGUUGAGCUUCACGAGUCCAUUGGUCAUCUAGACAGACUUGUUUCGUUGAAUUUAGAAGGAUGCAAGAACCUUCGGAGUCUUCCAAGAAGCAUUUCUAACUUAAAAUUUCUUGAAACGCUCAAGUUGUCCGGCUGCUUCAAACUCAAUGAGUUACCUUGGAUGCCAAAAAGUUUAGAUGCCAUGAGUUUGUGUCCAUCGACCAAGUGUGCUGCUCAAUUACGUCUACUUUCCCUCCCUGGUAGUGAGGUUCCGAAUUGGUUCAGCCAUCAGAGAACUGGAUCUUCGAUAUCCUUUCAUGUACCUUCUCUUUCUGAGGGCGAGAUCCGUGUAUUACUUAUUUGUGCUGUUUAUGCUAGCAAGAAGGAAUCUCAUCCGCAGUGGACUAAAAAUCAUGUGAUAAUCUACAACAAAACUAGAGGCUACCGACAUGUUCUUUUGCCAGAAGAGUUCGACUUUCCUGUAAACAAUUCAGAUAAUUUAUUUUUAUUCCAGACGCAUCUUAUAGGAAAUAACCUGGAGAUGGUACCAGCUCCAGAAAGAAAAUUGGAGAUGGCGCAUAAGCUUCCUAUCUCAGACUUACAGGAGAGAAUUGAGUUGGUGAAGCUGAUGAAUUCUGAAUUGGAAUCUCUGAGAAAGUACUUAGCUUGA